UGGGAUACCACUGGUACACGACGGUGUAGGCGAAGGUGGUGGCCCUUUUAGUAUAUAAAACGAGAGAAAAGGAUACUCUUAGCAGUCGAUUUGGAGCUCUCGUCCACGCCGGAUCGCGGAAGGAAUUGUGAAUCUCCCCAAGUUCCGAGGAGUCCAGUUCGAGCUCUCUUCCACGCCGGAUUGCUCAGCAAAUUCUUGGAUUUUCGAAGCAUAAAAGUUCGAGAUCAUCAUGGCUCGAAAGAGAGGAGUCAAGAGGACAACAACGAGUACCAGGACCACAAGCCAAUUCGAUGCGAAAAGGAUUCAUGUCGACGGACAAAGCAACUCGUCAUCAGCCGAAGAAAUUCCGGUCACUCCCCCUGCUGCAGAGAGGUCACCAGCGGUUAACCUCCCAUCAACGUCUGCGUCGAUGGCGUCUACAAUCCUGCCACCCCGGAUUUUGGUUGGCCAGGGAGCAGGAGGGCGUCAAUCAAUCGGAUUGAAAAUUGAGACGUUGGUUAGGCAUCUGGACCGAUUUGUUGCUCCUGCAAAAGAAAACAACAAGGGAAGUUGGCUUUAUAAAUUUAAUAGUGCACAAGAAUUUCAAUGCGUCUUAGAGGCCAUCGUUGUUUUCAUAGAAAAGAACGAUGGAUCUAAGGGCAUAAAUCUAUUCGAAAUAGACAAUCUUGGUGUAUGGAAGGAAGCUUUGUAUAAUUCUCAACUUCCCUUCUUUGUCCAGCGUAAAAAGUUUGAUGGAUCUCGUAGUUUGAGCAACCUGGCAAAAAAAUAUGCUCGCUUUUCACAAAUACAUAAAGCCCCAUUAACAUUCCCAGAAUUUCUACCCUUAUUUUGCUUUCUUGUCCACUAUUUGUAUAAUGCUAAACAGCAAAGUUUACACAUUUAUGCUGAAGUGGAACAGGCGAGACAAACAUAUGCCAAGAUUGUCCAAAUGUCGAAUAAAUUUGUUGGGGAGAUUGACGGAGGGCAGCAAAGAUCUUACCGCGUACUAAUAGAUUUUGACAGUUUACAAAUUUCAGGAAUGGCGUUCCCAUUAGCUCAGGAGACAGCCCUUGAUGCCAAAUCAUGUUUGGAUAGGAUGAUGAAAUCUACCUGUACCGGAAAAGUUGACGAUCAUCCACUGAUAUCCAAAGCUGACAAUCUCUUUAAAAAACGGGAGUCGUUCGUGGCGCAACGAACGAAAGUGGACACGAUGGUAAAGGAUAAUCAUGCCAGAGAAUUUCAUCAGAAAGCUGUGACGACCAAGGAGCAGUAUGAAGUGCUGUCUGCGAUUCGUCUGGAUUUCGAAGAAUACGGGAAGUCCAUGUUAUCCAACGAGGAAAUUCAGCAAUGUAAGCUACCUGAGUCUGACCUGCUUAAGUUUGUGUCUUUGUCUGAUAGGUACCCCCAAGCGUACGCCAGGAUCAUGGUCGACAUCGACAGAUAUCUCGUAGCUGGAGACGGACAGGAAGGAAUGAAUGAACCUAACCAACAAGAUCGUGGCAACGAAGGACAGCAAAAUCAGAGUGAUCAAGAUGACACCCAGCCAAAUAAACCAGAAGAAACCCAAGAAGGAGACCAACCCCUGCAAAAUGACCAAGAUGAUCAAACCCAAGAAGAAGAACAUGGGCAAGUCGACAAUAAAGAAGAUGACGCUACCCAUACACCACAAAAUGACCAGUCGACACAAGAAGAGAUUUUGGAUUUCACAGAGGGACCAAUAGAUGAAGACGAUGAAUAGAAGAACUGAUUUUAGUAGUAAGAUAAAUGUGAAAGGUUUUAGUAAUCAAUGUUUCAAAUUUCAGGAGGGUGUGUUGGUAAUAUAUUAAAUUCUACCCCUAUUAUAAUUAAAUAAUCAAUGUUUCAAAUUUUCAGGGUGUCUAUGUAAUCAAUUAAAUUCUACCCCUAUUAUAAUUAAAUGAUCAAUAUUUCAAA